UUGAAUGAUUUGUUUGUCAGCUCGUCACUUCGCAAAUUACUUCAUGUCUUCAUGCUUCAAACAUUUUGCGUGAGGAUGUAGUCUUCGCUUUUAUGGUGAUGUAAAGAAACAAUAUAUCUCGCUUAAACUGACGGUGCAUUUGGAAGUUCGUUCAUUCUGGGUGACCUUGGUGGAAUAUUGAAAAGUUGUUUUGUUUUGAUUAUAUUUUCACUCAUUAUUCAAAGAAAGGUGGUUUCGAAGGGAGGGGCUAACCUAAACGCUCCCGGCUAAAAUAAUAGUUACAUUGCUAAAACACGAAAACACAAUUCACAACACUGGAGAUCUUUUUACCGGCUUUUGACGUGCCUUUUCGAAAUGUUGAAACGCGCUUGUACAGCGCAAUAUUUGUGUUAGUCGUGAGAAGUAAAACCCAGUGAAGCGUAAGGAUUGUCGCGUGAUUUUUGACCCAGGAUUGCGGUGGUCUACCCUGCUUAAUAUCCGGAAAGGAAAAUAUUUUUCUUAAGUUGCGGAUUUCGAUAGCAUCAGACAGUCUUCCGUUGCUUUAAAAGGAAUAAUUUACGGUUUGUUUUCGAGGGAAAAGCAUAAAUUUUGUGACUGCGUGACCCGCGGUUGCUAUUGACGGCGCGCCAGAGCACUGGAACUAGCGUCUCUCACCCUCACAACACGAUAACAGCAUGUGAACUGAAUAACAAUAGUUGUCCGUUGACAAACAAGGAGUAUUUUUCAAGGUUUCACCUCGUACAAGGUGGCUACCGAUGUUUACGCACAGCUCCGCGUCUUGUAACUCAAGGGAGUAGAUCGCUAACAUUUGUUGUCUGUUCUUUACGCUUUUCGAUGCACGCGGGGCAAUUUUGUUAUUCGCCGAGUGUAAAAUUUAGUGGAAGAUGAAAGUGAACAUGGCGAGUUACGUGGAGGAUUUGGUCAAGUGUGGAUUUUUGGAGAUGAAGUUGCCGCGAAAACAGAGAAAGUUUACACACAAGAUCUGGAAAAGAAAAUGGUUUGUUUUGAGACGGAAGUCUCCUCGGGGUCAACCUCGUCUGGAAUAUUAUCUCACAGAGAAAGCUUGCUCUGAGGGGAAACAUCGCACAAGCAUUUCACUGGAGGAUUUAACUUCGGUGUCACAAGCUCACUCAAGGACUCAUAAUUAUAGCUUUUUGCUUGUGGGAAUGGAAAUUAAACUAUUUUUGAGUGCGGAUACAGAAAAAGAAACACUUGAAUGGAUUCAGCUAAUAAAAGAACUUGUACUUCCUGAACCAAAACUAUACCCAUCAGUACAUGCUGGAGAUAUUUAUGGACUUUAUGAAGUAAAUGUAAUUCCAACAGAGGAUUCAGAUAGACUUGAACUUACAGGAAACUAUCUAAUGACUGUUCGCAAAGAAUACUUAUGCCUUCAUAGUGCAAAAACAGGAGAAAGAGUUUUAGAAUGGGAGUUGGAUCAUCUUCCAAGAUUUCGACUUCAAAGACUUUCCCACCUUCAGGAUAUUGACAAAGUUUUAACAUUUCAAGCAGCUAGGGGCUGUAAAACAGGCGAAGGACAUUUUCAAUUCCUGACCCAGCAGGGGCGGGAAAUCUUAGAAUGUGUCAAACUACAGACUCAAAAACUUGCCAGCAUACGGCAUCUACCGCAUGACAGACCCCGAAGACCUUCACUGGACUCGGUGCCCUGCACAAGAUCUUCUGAAAAUGAAACUGUGGACAGUUUAACUAGUAAUUCAUUCUCUUGAUGUUCCAAUACUGACACCUGUCUAGCUCUCAAGGAAGGCAGGGUCAGCAAGCUGUCUCCAAGUGGCACACAGCAUCAAACAGAAGCAAGUUUUGUUGUGGGAUCAGAAGAAGCAUUACCAUUGUUGCAGUGUUUGAAUUUCAGCGAUCCUACCUUACUGUACUGCGAGUUCAGCAUUACAUUUGCCGUCCGACUGUGUUCAGUUGCCUUACAAACUAUUCUUCUCCUACGAAAAAGAAGUCUGAGAGUUUGCUGAAAAAUAUAAGUCUCGGAUUGGCUGUUACUUGCGCGCGAAAAUUUAGAAACGCGCAACAACCAAUCACAUCUCUGUAGAGGUACGUCAUCACUAUGGAAUUUCUCGGGUCCAGUGUCAGACGCUCUUUGGGCUCGUCACGUUGGCGAAAGAUUGCGUGACAAGCCUAAAGAGCGUCUGCGCAAAAAGGCUAGUGUCAGGGGUGAGAAGAAACCGCUCUCUACUUUCAGCAGUGGAUUAGAGGGCCUGUCUUCCUGAUUUGCAGCAUUCGAGUUAUGAAAAGCAGUCUCAAGAAGAAUAGAAGCAAUUGACAGGACAUUCAAACAAAGAAGAUUGAACAUCGUUUGCAGCUGUGGUUGAAAGAGUUUGCAAUAAGAAUGUGCCUUGGUUUGUGUUGUUAUUUGCGUCUGAGAGCAUUUAAAAUGUUCUGCGCCCGUGUGGAACAUACAUUUGUUUGUUCGCCUUAUGAACUUUACAGAAUUCCUAUUUAUGUAGUCCAUCUUUGGCAGUGACUUUGAUGUAAAAUUACAGAUCAAUUUUUAAAUUAUAUUGCGAAAUUAAAACUUUGAAUAACUUGCGCGGAAAACUUGAGUUGUUUACUGUUUUCUUGGUUUAGCUAAAACUCAAAUCUUAAUCUGCAGCCAUGCCAUAGAAGGUGGAGACGCGGUGG